CGCCACGCCGCCGUCUCCGCCGCCUCCUCGGGUAAGCGCCGCUGCCGCCCCUCGCGAGUUCACUGCUUUCCUGGUUCGGGCCUUUCCCUGCUGUCGCCCCCGUCACCUUGGAUCAUGUUCAAGAAAUUCGAUGAGAAAGAAAAUGUGUCCAACUGCAUCCAGUUGAAGACGUCAGUUAUUAAGGGUAUUAAGAACCAGUUGAUAGAGCAGUUUCCGGGCAUUGAACCGUGGCUUAAUCAAAUCAUGCCUAAGAAAGAUCCGGUCAAAAUAGUGCGGUGCCAUGAACAUAUAGAAAUCCUUACAGUAAACGGAGAGUUACUGUUUUUUCGACAAAGGGAAGGGCCUUUUUAUCCAACGCUGAGGCUACUACACAAAUACCCUUUUAUCCUGCCACGACAGCAAGUUGAUAAAGGAGCUAUCAAAUUUGUGCUCAGUGGAGCAAAUAUCAUGUGUCCAGGCUUAACCUCUCCCGGAGCCAAGCUUUACCCUGCUGCAGUGGAUACGGUUGUUGCAAUCAUGGCAGAAGGAAAACAGCAUGCUCUGUGUGUGGGAGUUAUGAAGAUGUCUGCGGAAGAUGUUGAGAAGGUCAACAAAGGGAUUGGUAUUGAAAAUAUCCAUUAUUUAAAUGAUGGGCUGUGGCAUAUGAAGACAUAUAAAUGAGCCUCAGGAGGAACACGCGGGCUAAAUAUGGACAUUGUUGCUGUGUCUGUGUUUGUGUCUGUGUGUGACAGCAUGAAGAUAAUACUUCUAUGGUUAUGCUGAGUAAAUUCAGCAGAUGCUACAAACUAAAAGUAAAGAUUUGG